CUAACAUGGCCAUGCUUUGCCAUAAACAAUUUUGUUCAAUAUAUAAGUGAAAUUCUCAUUAAAUAUGUUGAAAUAUACAAAUAAAUUAAAUAAUUUAUCGCUUCCAUUUCGAGGCGUUCCCUUUUGGCUAACACAUCAAAUUCAAUUGAGACAUCGACACGAUGAUAAAAAGAAUGCGUCAAAUAACCGACCAAAUUUCCAGAAUGCCAUAAGUAUGCGACAGAUUGAGGCUAAGAAGAGUAUUCUUAUCGAAACGGAUAGAGAUCCAAAUACAAUCAAGAAAGUCAUUGCAUAUUGCAGUAAUGCCCGAGUAAAAAAUAUCUAUCGAAAAGACGAUGUUGAUGGGAAAAUUUCACAUUUUCUAGUAGAAUUCGAGAACUUUUCUACAGUGAAUAAUAUAAUUACAACUGCCUUCCACCCUGGAAAUUUUUUGUUGGAUAGCAAAAUUCGUGCUAAAGGUAGAUUCUUAAGAUUCAAUCCCAUACAUAAUCCAACAAGAGAAAAUCGAAGCAACGUCCCAGUCAAAGUCGAAAGAAAUAUUACCGAACAUGAGCUUCUAUUGAAAGAAAUGCGAAAAGAGAAAAGCAUUGACAAACAAAUUAUGACACUUUAUAAAUCAAAUCGAUUAAGUGACUUUUCGACACGUUUGCGAUUUUUGACAGCACUUCAAUUGGAAGAAGCACUCUCCGGAGUGUUUCACCAACCAAAAGUAUUGCCAUUUGGUUCAUCAAUCAACGGAUUCGGCCGAAUGCAAUCUGACUUAGACAUGAUACUACUGUCUUGCGGCAACCGAAUAAGAAAUUGUCCAUUUGAUGUUAUGGAAGUCGGCCCAUUAGAUGGUCGUUUUUCAGUCAGAAACAAUUUGCAUCUGAUAUCAAACAUUGCUCGGAACUGGCUACAUGGCGUAAAACAUGUUGAACCAAUUUUGAAUGCUCGUGUACCUAUUAUUAAAUAUCAUCAAAAACUAACGUGUUUAGAAUGUGACUUAUCAAUGUCAAACAUUUCUGGUUUCCAAAUGUCAGAAAUAUUGUAUACGCUCGGUGAAAUGGAUUGGCGUGUGAGGCCGUUUGUCUUUUACAUGCGAACUUGGGCCCAAUCGUUCGGCAUUAUGCAAGGAUAUCCAUCUUUGGGACUAUCGAAUUUCAUGUUAACUUGUUUGGCAAUAUUUUUCCUCCAACAGCUGCCGCAACCCGUAUUGCCUCCAAUUGACGAUUUUAUGAAGCUCAUAGUAACCGAUGACAAAAUUCCGAGCAUUACGGAUUCUACAAAAUUGAAUUUUAAAUCGAAAAAUACGUCGACAUUGACACAAUUACUGAUGGAAUUUUUCGACUUUUAUGCUUCAUUUAAUUUUCAAGAAGAUGCAGUUUCGAUUUCUGCUGGCAGUAUAAAAGUGAAUGUAGGUGCUGAAUCUAUGUACAUCUACAAUCCAUUGGAUGUUGGCGUGAAUGUGAGCCGUAAUAUAACCGAUUAUGAACGAAAUGAUUUCGUUAACAAAUGUCGUUUUGCACAAAAUGCAUUGGCCAACGAUAAACUUGAUGCAGUCGCUCUACUCGAAUUGGUAGGUGAAGGAAAUAUCGCAUCAAAAUUAGACUCAUUCGUACAUAACAUGGUAAAUAUGAAUAAAGAUAAAAUAUCUAGUAAUAAUAAAACCGUCAAACGAAAAUUUAUUGUGAAAACAAUUUUAUCAUAGUACACACAAAUUUUGUAAGUGUAUUGUUUUGAAAUAAAACCAAAUGAGUAAGUUGGUCUAGAAAUAAAA